AUGAGUUUGCCACAAUUUGAAGAACGGAAGACCCCCGUAGCGACAGAAAGCAUUGUCGAACCAGGCCCGGUGACCGACGCGUCAGGCCCUAGUUGUGAGACUGAGAAUCACUUGUUCUGUGCCCGUGGCCACUCGAGUGCUGGAAACGUACUACAAGGGAAUUGGCUGCGAGAUGAGACGCAAAUAAAGAACUUUGUCGAUGUCGAGGAUGAUGCUGCCCCUUCGCCAUGCACUCCAUCAGCAUCGCUAAUUGCAGUUUCUCCUAGUGCCACUACCGGAACAGGGACGGUAGAUCCCAUCGGUGCGAAGCGGGAGGUGCUCCAAGAGAUUAUAGGCGCCCUCGAUUUCCACAGAAGAGUGGAAGGUCUCAUCCCUUCCUUGCGCGGGGUGUUCGCCUGUUUCCGAGGUGCCAACAGGGGAGAUUCGGCGCCCAUCACGUUACACGUCAUCUUCUGCUCUCCAAAAUAUCCUGUCCGCGAGAUCUUUUUCACCCUCAGGAUUCAAUUUAGCGCCGAUGGACGCACAGUCAUGAACACGCGAUGUCUUUUGUUCGACAAUCUGCCGAACAACCAUUCCGAAAACGAAAAGGUAGUCCCUAUGAAUAGAGAUGGACACCUGGAUCGCAUUCUAAGUGCCCUGGAGAUCGACUCCCACUAUGGAACCCCGGCAUGGUACCACCCUUUGACGGCAACGCUAGCAUUGGUGAGGGAAUGCAAAUGGUCCUGCUCCGUGAGGCAAGAAACUUUGAAUGAUUACAUUCUUUCUACGGAAAGAGCCACCAAUACGGCUGCCUGGACCAACGAGCCCCAAUUAUCGCCUUGGAGAAGCAACUUCAUGGAGAAAACCGUCAAGCUGCAGCUCUACAGGACAAAUCUUUCUAUUGUCACCGACUCGCUGGAUUUCCUGCUGGGUGUCUGGGACUCUGUCUCGGAAUGGAGUCAGGGCAAUGAGGGCUUCAAAAUAGUGAGGUUGGACCGCGGCCCCUCCUGCUCUUCCGAAAGUCUUGCCGGGCUCCUCUGGAGAACGUUAAGUCAAGAACAGAGACUUGAGGCGCUAGACGACCUUUCGUUUGAAAGGUACACCACAUCGAGGAUGAAGAGCCAACUAGAAAGCUUGAAUGGUCGGUACGAGGCUCAAUCUGGCCUACUUGACUCGCUUGUUUCGCAAAAUGAGAGUCAGCAGUCCGCCGUGCUGUCUGUCAUCGCACUAAUUUUCGCGCCUGCUAGCAUCAUACUGAGUAUAUUCAGCCUCCCGUUCGUCACGUACCCCACGGAGCGCGAGUGGAGCAUCCGCCUCUUCAUCGAAGUCAUUGUGCCUUCUUCCGUCUUGCCCGUCCUGUUGGGGUAUCUCUACCUCAUACGCCACGACAUAUUUGGCGUUAUCGACAAGUUUGCUAGGACCACUUUCGAGUUUAUUGGGUUCGCAGACCGUGUGCUGGGUUUCCGCAGCAAGGGUUUCUGCUGCGACUAA